GCGACAGCGCACCUGCUGCUGGUCAGCCAGGUUAAUGGAUAAACUUCCUACCUGCUGAACCGACACUGAAACCAGCCUACUGUCCGGAACAUAUACACCACUGGGGAAAAUACACCAAGUGUCGCUUCCUGGAAUGAAAACAGUUCUAUUUUAAUUUUCAGACAUAUUUUCUGCAGUUAUCAACACCGAGACUCAUGCUUUUAACACAGAAGACUCAAAAACAGACGACGAGCAUCAAGCGAACUUGAAGUUUCGCCCACAAGCUGAACUAGAUACUGUAGGCUGUAUUGUAGGGUCGUCUUUCUAGCGGGUUAACACCUGGAGAUGGACCGGUACAGGUACUUUAUUUUUAACCAGAAGAGUGUGCUUGUCCUCGGUAUCCUGCAGAUGGCCUGCGCGGGUCUUUGUCUGGUUUGUGGGUUCAUGGACGCUGUUUUCCGCAAGGAUACCUCGCUGAGUACCACCAGGACCCCGGUGUGGGGAGGACUGAUCAUGGCCUCUCCAGGUGUUUUGGCGUUGUUUGCCUCCCAAAGGAAAAACUCACUACUGGUGAGUGUGAUGGUGGUGGCAGCAGGUCUCUCCUGUGCAGCUGCUGUGUUUACAUCAGGUUACUCCUGUUUGACACUCACCUAUGGGGAGGAGGAUGAAGAUGUCUUCCACCACCACGACAGUCCCCAAGUGACGUUCGUGCUUCAUCGAAUGGUGAAGGGAGCCAAUGCCACCAUACUGCUGACCUGCACCAUCAGCCUGGUGCUCUCCUCUCUCAUCGCCUUCGUCGGCUGCCGUAGUCUUCCCUGCUGUGGCUGCUAUGAUGCCAGAACUGGACUGGAGACACUGGUUCCUCAGUGCGACCCCGGGGACACUGAGAUGGUGUGUACCUGGCAAGGUGGUGACGACAGACUCUUCAACUCUCCAGCUCAGUCCACUGACCAGGGCAGCAGAGUGGAGGAAGAGGAGGGACCCUCUAAACUGCCACCAUACAGCAGACUGACCUGACACACAUCUACAUUAGAGUGUCUGCUCCCACUUGUUCCUGUGCGUCUUCAUUCCAAAUGAGAUGAUUAUGGAUUAUAAUACCUAUAAGUUGUGCCUACACAUUUCAUACUGGUUUUUUUGGCUGGACAGAUGGGAGGAUUCUUAACAAUCCACUUAAGAUGAAGAAGCCAAAGUCUUGAAAAACAGGGAUGUUUUAUAGAGAUCUUCAUGUGACAUAUGCGAGUGGUUUGUGCUCACUGAUUAGAGCAAGCACUUUGGACUCUGGAUGUCUUUAUUUGUUCUCUGACCAAAGAUUCCUAUAGCUAGACUCAUUGAAACCUUGCCCAAGUUGCAUGUCUGUAUGUGUGAGGAAAGAAGACUGAAAUAGCAGAUUGUCUGUAUGCAGUGUGACUGUUAGCUAUGAUAUUUUAUUAGUAUUUAAUUAAUAAAACCUGACUGAGCUGUUA